GGAAAGAAAGAAAGAAACUGUCCCCAAGGGAGGAGCGGCUGAGCUUCCAUAAAAGGCACACCUCGGUCCCUGCGACAGAGAGGGCUGUCCGUUUCUCGCUCUCUCUGUCAUCUCUCUUCUGCUUCCCUUCUUUCCGCUAUCUCAAAAUGGCGGAACCCUUCACCUCACCCUCUGGCGAUGCGACCGCCCCCUCCCCAGCCCAUUUCUGGCGCCCCCUGGGUGGAGAGAGGGUGGAGCGGGGGAUUAGGAUUGGGACAGGAGAGGGAGGAGCUGUGGACUGGGGGCAGAUGAACAGUACGACGGCGGCGGUGGCACGGCCGCUCUUCACGAUGUCGCAGUGGCAGGAGCUGGAACUCCAGGCGCUUAUCUAUAAGUACCUGGCAAUGGGGAAUGUCGUGCCGGACACUCUCGUCCGCCACUUUCGCAACAGCGUCGAGUCCGUGGCGUCCCGUUACUACCACCACCCCUCUGCUUCUGCUUUGGGUUAUUCUCCCUACUUUGGAAAGGACCUGGACCCGGAGCCCUGGCGUUGCCGGCGGACGGAUGGGAAGAAGUGGCGGUGCUCCAAGGGGGCUUGCCCUGACUCUAAGUACUGCGAUCGCCACAUGCAUCGCGGCCGCAACCGUUCAAGAAAGCCUGUGGAAGCACCUCCACAGGCUCAAUCCCCUUGUGCAUCAACCGUGACAUCGCUUGCCCGGAGCGGUGGGAGCGGUGGUGGUAGCUCCCUGAGCAUUCCCCUGAACUCUCUUGCGGGUUCUUUCCCCAGUGGCGCCGGCUCCUCUCAGCUAUCAAUCUAUCCUGGUUCCUAUGGAAUUGCUGGAAAAGAGUUCAGGUACCCAUAUGGAACGAAAGGCGACUUGGACGAGCAUAGUCUCUUUUCUGAAGCUUCUGAAAGUACAGGGGGCCUUGGAGUUGACUCUUCCCUGGACAAUUCAUGGCGUCUCAUGCCAUCUCCGAUGUCAUCGCUUCCUCUUUUCAAAGCAAGGAACAACUCUUCUCUGCAGAGCAGUAAUCUUCAGUUUCCAGCACUGCAAGAUCCGCGGCAGGCUUCCAUUAGCUCUCUGUCAAAGCCAGAGCAGCAGCAGCAGCAGCAGCAUGCUUUCUUCAGUAGUGAGUUUGGGUCAGAACCUGCGAAGCAUGAAAGCCGAUCGCUCCGACCCUUCUUCGAUGAGUGGCCUAGGACACGGGAUAUGUGGUCUGACCUUGAAGAUGAGAGGACCAACCAGAAUUCUUUCUCCACAACCCAACUCUCAAUCUCUAUGCCGAAUGACAUCCUCUGGCUUCUCCACCACCAAUUCCAGAUCCCCUAA